AUGUCGUCUGUUCUAAAGAACAAGAUUUUGAAACCAUUUCUUAAGUUUACGAAAAACCUUUCUUCAAAUAAACUUCAUAUGAGUUUAUUAAAAGGUAUUUUGGAGUUUGAAACACUAGAAUUAGAAGAAAAUGCUUUAAUGGAGCUUCUUGAUCUGCCAACUUGGUUACUUUUACGUAAAGCAUAUUGUACAAAUGUUGUAGCUAAAAUACACUGGACAAAGUUAAAAACUCAUCCUGUUUUCAUUAGUAUUGAUCUUGUAAAUAUUGAGUUACAAGCGCUCAGUGAACCACGUUCAGCUUCACAAUCGCCUAUAGCUAAUUAUAGAGGUGGAUCUGGCAAAUAUGGGUUCAGUGAUAAAGUAAUUGAUGGAGUUACUAUUCAAGUGAACUCAGUGUUUAUUGAGUUCUUCGCUCAAGCUUUUCAGGGCUCCGUUGAAUUGUCCAGGUUUUGUGUGCUGAGUAAAUCACCGAACUGGCAAAAUUGUUUAUUAAAUUUAAGCUAUCUGACAUUGCCACAAUAUGAUUUCAUAUUGAUAUUCAAGGAAGUCUCUUGGGAAUCGGCACGUAUUGUGGCCGAUGGUCUACUAACUGAACUACAUGGUACACCAGUUAAACUUAUAACAAAUCAAUCUCGUGUGCGUUUAACAAUGAAAAAGCGGUUAUCUGAUGGGUCGCUGAUUAGUUCACGUAUUCGUCUUAUACUAGACGAUAUACUUUGGGUAUUCACAUUAUCUCAAGUGGAAGCAGCCAUUGUAUUUGCACGUUCUUUAGGACAUUCAAUACGUUUAGCCAAUGAACAGAGUAAACGAUUCGCAGCAGAGAAAGCCAAGCGACAAACAAUCACUUUGGUUUCAUCAUCAGAAACUCAGUCUUUGGUGAAUAAUAGUUGCAGUAACAGUAGUAAUGGUAGCAAUACUAACUAUACUACUAAUAGUAAUAUUUACCCCACGGUAGUAGUACGAAAUACCAAAUGUACAUGGGAUUAUGCAAAUGCUGUGAAUAUGUUUCAUCAAUAUGACGUUUUGGAAACAUCCUAUCAUUUGAUUGUUAAUCGGACAGAAUUGAACUUUUGUGAUGAAACUAAAGAAAAAAUUCGACUCAAUCCAAGCAUUGUGCCGAAUGGAUCAAUGCGAGUUAAUUUAACCACAUUAUCUGUAGAUUGGUAUCCAUAUCAUUUAGAUUUUUCACCAGAAUUACCUUGGCCUGGUUGUCGAGAAUUCUACAGUGCACGUGAUAAUUGGUUAAGAGGUAUUAAUCCUAUUCAUUUUACCUAUGGUGGUCGUAGAGUAUUCAGUACAAAUUCUUCAACUGUUUCUACUGAUAAUCAAUUUGUUAUAUUGGAUUGUGGUUUAUUGCAGACAGUGAAUACAUCAAUUUUACAAAGUGUUGGUAUUCUACGAUUAGUUGACAUCACUGUAUCAUGUGUAUCUUAUCCAAAUUCCGUGUUGAAACCGGGUGAUCCGUCUACAUUGUUUUCAAAAUCCUCACAGAUCAAUAAAACAUUUCGGGAUAAUAACAAUAAUACACGUAUAAAAGCAGAAAUUCCAAUUGAUAAGAAUAUUUUCAUUGGAUCAGAUAAAUUGUUACAUAAUCUACCUGAUACAUCAUCAUUUCUUACCAUUGAACUUAAAAAUCAUUAUUGUGUCGAUGAUAUACCAAGCUCAAGUUCAUCAAAUCAAUCUUUACCAUGUUCAUUGUUUUGUCAAAUCAAUCCAUUUUAUAUAAAUUUCGAUCCAGAUACUGUUAUAUGGUUGAAUAUAUUUCUAUUGGCAUUACAGUUAAACUUGUCAACUUUCUUAUCCGGCAGAGAUAAGAACAAUCCGUCGAAACAAUCUAACAGACUAUUUGAUUUAAGUCGAUAUCAUGUACGACUUGAAGCUUUGAUGCCUCGUUUGAUAUUCUCACUAUUUGGACAGUCCAAUCGUCAUACGAAUUCAUCCAAUUGGAUUGGACCACACGCCCUUAUUUUACAAUCAGAUCAAAUUAUCGUACAGUCACUAGCAGCUCCUAUAUCAUCACAUGUCGCUGAUUGUUUGAAAAAGCUGUUAGACAAUUUGCAAUUGAGUUAUGGUCAAUAUGACACCAGUUGUAUGAGUAAUAAUCCAUUCAUUUCUCGAGCUGUUCCACACAAAUCACCGGAUUUGUCAAAAUUCCAAAAACUAGUUCAGUCAGCUACAGAAUUACAUAGUUUAUGUCCCAAUUUCGAAGAACAAUUUUGGUGCAUUCAUUGUCCAAAUGUAUGGAGUGAAUUUCUUACAAUAAUCGAUAUGACGACACAUAAUUCUGUCCAUCUUGUUAACAACGAUCAUCGAAUCAAUGAUUGUAUAAUAUACCGUCAAUCAUUAAUUGAAUCUCUUCCUUUGACUAUAUGGUCAUUAAUGCCAAUUAAUAUAUCGGUGCCUUCAACAGUUAUCAACAAUAAUCAACCAUUCAAUCAUUCUCCAAUAUCGUUAAUAAUUGAUAUUGAUAAUAAAUUAAUCCCUAUGGAUUCAAAAUCAUCAUCCUCACAUAUGAUAAACCAAUCAGUAGAUCAAUGUCCAAUCAAAAUCUCUUUAGGUUCUACAGAUCAAUUAUACACUAAUCGUAUUUUAUUAUCACGCCUUACCAAAUUUUCUACGAUGAACAGUGAAAAACCGAGAAUUCCUGACACAUUAGAUCAAAUCAUAUUUUUGUAUUAUAUAUAUCAGCAAAUUUCUUAUGUACAAACACGUUUGUACUUAGACUAUCAAGAAUUUACACAAAUCACCGAAAGUCGAUCCACAAUAUCAAUCAGUGCACAAUCAAAUCAUAAUCACCAUAAAUUGUUAUAUUGUGUAGGUUUUUCCACACUACGAUCAAUUGAGCUGGACGUAAAUGUUUGUCAUGAAAAUGAAAUUCGUAUGAAACAAGUAUCGUCUCCUAGUUUCACGGAGAAUAAUAUUGACACGAGUCUACCGAAUACUCCAAAUGUAUCUGCUACAAGUGUCAGUUUUUUUCCGAAUAAAUAUUUAUCAACUACUUUAUUGUCAUCGUCAUCAUCACCAUCAUCCUUAACAAAAUUCUCACAUAAUCCUACUCCGCUUUCUGCUGCCACAGUGCUACCGUUGUCGUCGCAGACAUCAUUUCGCCAUCAUCAUUCCAUGGUUACACCUUCAUGGGAUUCGUUAUCAUUAAAAACCGAAGGUUCUGUGCUGGACAGUAGUAAAUUGAAUAGAACUAAUCUUCGGAGAUCAAUGCGUGGGCGCAUUAAUUCCUCAGAUGAUAGUCCACAAUCUUUAUUACAAAAUGAUUGUGAUUGUAGUAUUGGAACUACUGAUAGCAUUAAUAAUAACAGUAUUAGAUGUACGAAUAAGUUAGUAAAUUCCGAUUUACCAUCACCCAAAAGGUUUUUAAUAAAACGUAAAACUCACUCAACAGUUACGCUUGUCAAUAAAAAAAAUGAAUGUAGUGCGGUUGAUCGAAACAAAGAGUCACAAAAUAAACCUCUCUCUGAACAAGAUCUUUUUAUGCUUAAUCCUGUUGCGGAUGGAGUUUGGGCAAACAAUUCAUCUAAAAAUAAUAUAAGUCAACAGUGUUCUAUUUCCAGUGAUUUAUCUGAUCUACAAAGUAUAUCCAGUUCGAUGGAUGAUUGGACUAAGCCAUAUGAAGUUUUAUCUAAUUUGAAUUCAUCAUGUACAUAUCAAACUGACGAUAUGCUAUGGCCACCUCUCAAUCACCAGCAUCUGGUCAACUCUUCAUCAUUUCUAUUAAGUCCAGAUGAGAUUGGUUCAGAAUUGUUAGACGUAGAUGUCUUUGCACCAUAUACAUCGAAUACUCCCACUGCAGCUACUACUACUACUGGUUUGACAGCAGCAACGGAAAAGUAUCAAGAACCAAAAUCAGAGGAAAAUAUUGCUGAUCAUGAUAGAUUUCGUCAAUGGAAAAAGUCAAAUAUAUCGAGUGUACUCAUACAGUUGGCUGGAUUUUCAUUUGAAGCGGAUGCUAUGGAUUUAGAAACACGUUUUUGGAUUGUAUUUAAAUCACUUCAAUUAUUUAUAAAACCAGAAGAAUCAUUUCAUUGUUCCAUCGCUUCAUCUCGUGCUGAACCUGACCAAAAACAACAUAAUAAAUUUGUACAAUCUGAUUAUUUAUGGUCAGUUUUCCUAAGUUUUGGUGGUGAUCCAACGGCUGGACUAACAAAACUAAAGCCUACAGCUAGUAAUAUUUAUCCAUGGUUAUAUGCCAAUGCUACUUUAUUAAAAAAUUGGAGACUCAUUAUUCCAUCAAAUAUUCAACAAUUAUUUAUUCACUUAUGGCAUCAAAUUGGCGGCCAUAAAAACAUAAAUCCAUUGAAUUCUUCUCUGUGUAGUAGCAUACAUGGAGUUAGCGUGGAUAAUAAUAAUAAUAACGAUUCAAUUAAUUCACCUCCAAGAUGUUCAAUUCGUUUAUUGUUAAAACAAGGAAAUUUAUCACUGAAACUGGAAUCAGGUGCCAAUGAAAAUUCAGAACAAUUAAAACUCUUCAGACAGUUGUUUCUGCAACAAGGAUUGAUUAUUGAACUAACAGAAUAUGGCGUAUUUCAAAUUGGAUUUGAAAAAUGCACGUUGAAUAUGGAACAAAUUAAUAAUAUGGAAUGUGUUAAUCAUUGUCGUAACCGUGCAAAGAGUAUUGACGAUGAGUUAUUAUCCUCCUACUCUCCAGUAAGCACACCCAGUGCUUUUCAUAAUAUCCUAAUCAAUCGAUAUGCAUUCGAGAAUAAAAUAUUGAAAGAUAAGAUUGAGGCCUUGACAAAUGAGUUAAUGAAACUAAGAUCAAUGCAUAAUGCUUAA